GGAGCUGUCAGGGAGACAGACAGGUGGAGCUUCUCGCGUCUGCUUCCUCCGGUGAAGUCCCGGCGGAGGGACAGAGGACGGGGACACACUAUUCCUCCGUCGUAGUAUCGGUUCAUCGCGUUCUUGUGAGAAUUAUUUGACAGCCAUGACUUCAGUGUGGAAGCGGCUCCAGCGGGUCGGAAAGAAGGCGUCCAAGUUCCAGUUUGCGGCUUCAUUUCAAGAAUUGACCAUAGAAUGCACAAAGAAAUGGCAACCAGACAAACUGAGAGUGGUGUGGAUCAGGAGGAACAGACGUCACAGCACAAAGCUCCACAGCUGGCAGCCAGGGAUCAAAAACCCCUACAGAGGCCUGGUGCUCUGGCAGGUUCCAGAGAGUUUAGACAUCACUGUCACACUCUUCAAGGAACCGACUGCAGAGGAGUUUGAAGACAAGGAGUGGACUUUUGUCAUUGAAAAUGAGACAAAAGGCCGUAGGAAGGUGUUGGCUUCAGCAGACAUCAAUAUGAAGAAGUUUGCCAGUGCAACAAGGGCCCAGUAUGAUGUCACACUGAAGCUCAAACCUCUAUCUGCCAAAGUGGUGGAAGCCACGCUGAAACUGAACUUGUCCUGUAUAUUCCUCAAAGAAGGCAAAGCCACAGACGAGGACAUGCAGAGUUUGGCCAGUCUCUUGAGUAUGAAGCAGAGUGACAUUGGAAACCUGGACGACUUUAUUGACAGCGAUGAUGAAGGCGGCGAGGAGAGGAGGGCCAGCUUUGGACCAGCUACUCCUGUUACUGCAGCCUCUGCCUCUUCUGUCAUGAGAGUACAUGAUCUGGCUUGGAGGCCUGCAAUUGAAUCAGGCCACACAGAAUUCAAAAGACAGUUGAGCACCCUGAGUGAAGAGGAUAACCAGUCUACAACACCUACAACCCCUGAUCCCAGAGCGCCAGCCAGCUGGAGGCCAGAGCUGCACAGGGCUUCAGAGCAGAAAAGAGAUGCACAUUUUGGAAUCGAGGUUGUUAAGGCAUCAGCAGGCAUGAAGAAAGGACACAGUCACGUUCCUCUUGGUGUAACUCAGAAUGGUCACGCUCAAGACAGCGCUCAAGCAGACACAGAACUGGUCUGCUCAAAAGACACUGAGCAAACCUCUUGGACCCCAAAAUGGCCCAAGAAAGAAAUUGAUGCCCCCAUUGAAGCCUCUCCUCAUGUAACUCCUCCCCCAGAAACAAAGACAAUUGAGAGCAUCACCUCAGCGCCACAGCCAGAACCAGAGAUAUUUAAUGUUGAGAAAACUACUACCCUCUCAAUCAUCAAAAAGAUCCGUCUACCACAACGCGGCAGAAAAUUGCCCUCAAGAAAAUCUGGUAAAAUUGACAGUGGCAAGGAGUCCUCAAAACCAGACAACACUGUUGUGGAAGAAAUAAAGCAGCCUAAUAUAGCUGGUGAAACAACUGUUAAUAUUAUUGACAUUACAUCUUCAAAUAAGUCAGAGGAUGCAUCAGAAACAAAGGCAAUUGAGAGCAUCACCUCAGAGCCAGAGCCAGAGAUAUUAAAUGUUGAGAAAACUACUACCCUCUCAAUCAUCAAAAAGAUCCGUCUACCACAACGUGGCAGGAAAUUGCCCUCAAGAAAAUCUGGUAAAAUUGACAGUGGCAAGGAGUCCUCAAAACCAGACAACUCUGUUGUGGAAGAAAUAAAGCAGCCUAAUAUAGCUGGUGAAGCAUCUGUUAAUACGAUUGACAUUACAUCUUCAAAUAAGUCAGAGGAUGCACCAGAGACAGCAGAAGCUGAGAAGAACAAACAAACAACUAUUUGUAUUCCACGGCCUCGUGUGAGGAAACACCUUAGUGACUCCUUCCCAGAAGACGUUACAGCGAUGAAGAGCACAUCUAAGGCUUCCCAUGAAGAAGAGGCACAGGGAACAUGGCAAGUUAGUCCCUUGCCCAUUUCUCCAACAACUAAAGAAUUUUCAAAAGUGCAACAUGGCAAAGACUUCCCCCCUGUUCCUUUGGGUAAUCCACCUUUUGCAUCUACUGAUGAAGUUGUACCAGUAAAGUUGAGGAGAAGCAAAGUGACCACUGAGAGCAGUGUUCAAGUAGAGGAUUGCCAUAUUUCAGGAGCUUCAAGCCUGCCUAUACCAAAACCAAGAGUAAAGAAACGUCUUAGUGGUUCAUUCCCAGAUGAUACUACCAUUUCUGGCUCGCCACCUCCAUGCCUGCCAGACACAGUUGGUCAUGAAUCAGUCCAACAGAAUGAACGGUCAAGCUUGCCUGUUCCAUUGCCACGGGCCAAGAAACGUCUCAGUGCCACUUUUUCAGAUAGCACGCCACCUGUAGACGAUUGUCUCCCCCUAGAAAUGGAAUCCUCUCAGAGAAGCACCGAGGAUACAUCUGCCACUGGCAAGGAAGCAAAGGAAGGCUCACCAUCACUGGACUCAAGUGUGAUCUCUGAAGGAGGUUUCAUCACAAUCCAAGGAGAAGAUGAUGGUACAUCAGAACUGGAACGGGAAGUGCUAGAAGCAAUGGGAGAAGAAGAAUUUCCUCUGGAAGACUCUGGAGAAGAUACAGAGAAGGCACUGGAUGAAAUAAUUGAAGGCUGGACGUUAACAGAAAAACCUACCGUCACAGAUGACUCAGAGAAGUCUGCAGAUGCAGUGUCUCAGCAAGCUGACAUUGAGAAGGUCCUGGGAGCAGAGGUUGAUAGGUCCACUGUUGCAUCAUCCCAGGAUGACUGGCUGCAUGUAGAGGAUGAUAGAGACAGUGAACCAAUGGAAAUAAACUCAAUGAAGGAAAUGAGGGAUGAAGAGCUGGACUUUGGCUUUGUGUCAGUAGAUGUAGAUGCUGGGUGUUUAGAGGAAGAAAGGAAUUGUGGAAUUUGUUUCUCAUUUUGCAUUGUUUUUGUGUCUUCCAGGCAAGGGGAGAAACCAGUUGCUGGCCUUGGCCAAGGCAACGAACAAACACCAGCUCAGACAAGACCUGCAGAUGGGGCUGCCUCUUUGGAAAGCUUUUCGCCCAGUCCCACGUUAGUGACAUCCAGUCAGUCUCUACUUGACUGGUGUCAGCAAGUCACACAGAGUCAUAAGGGGAUAAAGAUCACCAACUUCAGCACCUCCUGGAGGAAUGGCCUUGCUUUUUGUGCUAUCUUACAUCACUUCCACCCAGAAAAGAUUAAUUAUGAAAUGCUGAACCCAUAUGACAUCAAGCAUAACAACAGAAAGGCCUUUGAUGCCUUUGACGAACUCGGCAUUUCCAGGCUGAUGGAGCCUUCAGACAUGGUCAUGCCAGCAGUACCUGACCGCCUCAUUGUCAUGACCUAUCUCAACCAGAUCCGCACCCAUUUCACGGGUCAGGAGCUCAGUGUGCUUCAUAUAGAUAGGGAUAGCAGUGAGUCCAGCUAUGCAGUAGCAGCGGACCGGGAGAUAGAAGAGGACCCAGAGGCAACUGUUCGCUACUGCGCCCAGAGGCUCCAGGAGGAGGGUAUAAGUCUAGAGACGAAUGGGACUGCAGCUACAGCAGAGCCAGAGAGUAAAAGCCAGGAUGUUGUUCCACCUCCCAGAACCAAACGAUUGCAGGCUGCCGGGUCAAGUGGGGCUCAGUUACCUGUGGCGCCACCAAGGACUCAUUUCCUGUCAAAAACUGGUUUCUCUCACGUCAAAGACGCUGAUCUGGUGAAGAAGCGUAGGUCGCAGCGGAGGAGUGGGUCAUUAGAAGAAGGAGACAUAUCUGUGGUCGUGGCAGGGCAAGAGGAGAGUGUAAUUACCAGGAGGAAGUCAGACACUGAGAGAACCGAGGCUGUGGUUGAGGAGGGAAGACCUGAAGGCCAGGACCCCAGCCAGUAUGUGCUGAGUCAGAUGGAGGCCCUGGAAGCUGAACAAAAUCAUAUUGAUAACAGAGCAGGUGUGGUGGAGAGGAAACUCAGACAACUCCUGGAAACAGGCAGUGACAAGGUGGAGGAGGAGAGGCUGAUUCAGGAAUGGUUUAUGCUGGUCAACAAAAAGAAUGCUUUAAUCAGGAGGCAGGACCAUCUGCAGCUACUGCUGGAGGAACAAGACUUGGAAAGAAAAUUUGAGCUGUUAAACAAAGAGCUGAGGGACAUGAUGACAAUUGAAGAGUGGCAGAAGACUCAGGCCCACAAACACAGAGAGCAGCUGCUGCUACAGGAGCUGGUUUCACUGGUCAACCAGAGAGAUGAACUGGUCCAAAAUAUGGACGCCAAAGAGAGAGGAGCUCUGGAGGAGGACGAGCGUCUGGAGCGAGGCCUGGAGCAGCGGAGGAGGAAGUACGCCAAACAGCAGAAAGAGAAGUGUGUGAUGCAGUGAUUCUGUCACCCUCUAGCCACAAAACGCUGAGUCACCUGUGUGAAAGAAAAAGGGUCAAGACGAAACCAUGAAUGGGAUGAUGGUGGUUGGUCCCUUUACACCUGCUGCCAGACUGAUUGUGUUCUGCAGCAAGAGGACAUUUAGAUCCAGCUGACCUGGGGAGUGUUCUUCUGAACCAAUAUGAGGUGGAUGUAUUUCUGAUUGAGACUCAGAGAGGCUCUGAGAGAUGAAAGCUAUGUUUAGGCUCACAAUUCAACUUUUGUUUGGGUUUGCUUUUCCAAUUGACCGUCCUAAAAUGUGGCUCUAGGCUCUAUUUUAUGACCAAAGAUCAAGGUAACUGGACAGGGCAGUAGUGGAACUAGUGUUACUCCAUUUACCAGGUACCCACUGAGCUGAAGGGGCAUCAGAGCCUCACAGAGCUGCUUGUACGUUUGGACUGUUUGCUUUGCAGUUUCCGUGCUGUGUUUUUAGUGACUGUUGUUACAAACUGUGAAUGUAAAGUGUGUCUGAGACUGGAAGUGUUUGGUACAGAUAUAAACUGCCAAAAACAGGAGAGGAGGUUUGAGCAUUGUUUGUAUGUUAAGGCUGACGGCAAUACUGACAUACUGGGAUUGGGCCUAGUGGUAAUCAAAGUCUAGUGUCAGGGCAUUCAGGACCUCCACCAAGACCAUGUCCCACUUACAAUGUUAACCAAAGUGAAAAAUAACGUGUCCCGUGAUUCUGAUCCACUCCCAAACAAUGGCUUUCCAUGGCUCAUGCUACAACCCUGAUCUCCAAAAAAAGUUGGGAAAUUAACUUUAACAAGAGCGCAUCACUUGCUACUCAUUUUUGAAAUAUAUUCAAUUGAAAGACAAUAUUUAAUGUUCAUGUUUCUUACCCAAUCCUGUUACUAUUUAACCUCUUUACCUGUGGCAUUUCCAUACAGCUGUUUGUUUCUCCUGCCCAACUUCUUUGAAAUGUGCUGCUAGAUUCUUAUUCAGAAGAAGCAUGUAUUUACAAAAAUCUAAUAAGUUGAUAAAGUAAAACAUUACAUUUAUUGUUUUUGUGCAGUUUUAAAUUAAAUAUAUGUCUAAAAGGAUUAGUAUGUUUUUUUUAUUUUCAUGUCGCAACUUUUUAAUUGGGCUUAAUCCAACAGGUAAGAUAAACCCUUCAACCAAGUUCACAGAGCAACAAACAAACCAAACUGAACGUAACAUUCUUGGUUAUUGGUUAUUAUUAUUAGCAGUUUCUUGAUGACUAUUUUAGGGGAGGGGUGAGAAAACCUCAGAAACAUUAAUCAUCCUAAUGGAACACAGUUUGCCAUUGCCGUCUAAAACCAUCCAUAUAAAAUUUUUGGAUAGAGCGCCCCUAUCAGCAGGAUCAGUGCUUUCCUCUCUUAGUGCUAACUCUUCCAUAACCAGUGAUUUUUGUGUGUUUUCUGAUCUUGGAAUGUUUUGGCUUGAAACACACUUGGUUAGGGGUAACGGAAAUAUUGUAGUUCGGGUUAACAAAGGACUUCAGACUAUGGAAUUAUUGAGUUGACCAAACAACAAAUAUUGGUGUUGCCCUGGGGAAAACUUAUCUAAUUAAAGCAUGCAGUUAGUCACUACAGUUGCCUUACUGAAGGAUGUGUUACAUUAUAAAGGAGAGUAAAAAACAGGUUUUGGUGCAGAUUUGAACCCCGUGGUGAUUCCAUUGGAACUGAUCUUUGGUCAUGUGUUUGGAAAUGUUGGAAAUGAGAAAUAUAAUGUAAUGUGAUUUUGGUAUAUGAGAUGUUGGAAUGUUUACAUCACAUUGUAUGAUGGGAGAAAAGUGCAAAUGGAAGCAGCCAUGGAACAGAUCAGGGGCCGGUUGCACAAAGCACCCUAAAUUAAGAUUUUCCUUUAAAUCCGAGCUGAGCUUUCCUUAAAAUAAAAUUAGUCUUCUCCUGAAAGUUUCCAUGAGUUUUCCUCCUUAUCUUGGUCUAAUACUUAAGGAAUUGCUUAAGUCAUGUUAAAGUGUUAAACAGAGGACCUCUGACUGCCACCACAACAUGGCUGUGUUUAUGUUAUGAUUAUAUUCCUUUUUAUUUUUGCUUAUGGCAUAUUACGUUAACAUAACCUUUUUUAACAAGAAGGAGCAUUAGUUCAUAAAGCCUGUUUCAUGUUACGUUAGCUAGCAGAGAUCACGUUAGCAUUAGCUACAGUCUAUUCUAUAUCUCAGCUUCAUUAGGCCUUACUGUUAAAAUAAACAAUAAAAAAAUUGUCGCGUAACAAUAUCCUCUUUAUUAUGCUUAUGUAGCCUACAGCCUUGUGUUUGCUGUUAUUUUUGGAUCAACUUUUAGUAUUUUUUUAGUAUGUUCUUUCUUUCACGGAAUUCUUCUAGAAGUAUGAUUUUUUUCCCCUCCUCUGACCAAUCUGGGCUUUUUAUUCUUCUUUUCUGCUUUCUUAGCAGUUUAUCAGGGCGAUUGUGAGAAAGGAUAAGAGUAGGCUAACCGACAAGCAAACUAAUGGUCUCCUUGGAAACGAUAGCAUGUUGCUACUGAAAAUCUGCAACAGAGCUGGAAUGACUUUAACUCUUAGCUUGACAAAGGAAACCUGGUAACCCUCCUGUACUACUGGGCUCCUUUUUGACCCCAAAUAAUUUUCAACAUACCAUUAAUAAAGGAUAACUUUCAUAGAAUUGCUUGAAAUUUUCAGCAUAUGUGCCCCUCUACAUCCUUUAUAGAUACUAUUUCAACUUUCUUAAUACAUUUUUACGUGUUUUAUACAUUUUUAUUGCACCCAUCCUCCUCAGGGGUCAAAAAGGACCCCAUGACAUCAGACUGGUUUAGGACAUGUUGAAAAAAAGUAUAAACUAACUUUUUUUUCACCUUUUAAGGCAACUCAUGACCAGCACAUUGAUAUUUCAUUUUCAUAUUUUUUUCAUUAUUAUUGGUGAAUUUUAGUCAAAUUUACAAAAUUAGGCCUAAU